CACAACGUAGCUACAGAAACCUGCAAGGGAGGGGGGCUGAAGAACAAAACAAUGACACUGCUCGGAAGGAUCCAAACACAGUAAGACUUUAAAGGACUUUUAAAAACGUAAUUGGGAGGAUUUCCCUCCCGGUUUAAAGCCAAACCAGCCGCAGUUACCAGCGGUUCUCUCACCGGCUAAAUUUCUAUAUGCCUCUUCAGUUCAGUUGACAAACAGGAGGCUAGCUACUUGUUUUGGACGGAUGAGGAACAUUAGCGUUUGCUGCUUGUUUGUGGAGAAAAAAGUUAAAACCACAAAUCGCUUAAUUAAGCCAGCUGUAAGCCGAACUGAGGCUGAACCAUAGAAAAUACAUUCUAUAAUUUAGCUUCCUAAGCUCAGUUUGUUUUGCUAGUCAUCCUGUUGUUAGCAUUGACAUUUACACACAUAUUUAUUUCAGAAAAAGCUCCCGUUAUUCGCUUGGUACUGUCUGUUCCCUCAGAUUUAUAUGAUAUUUAUUUUUUAGUACCACAUUUCUUUAGUUAGGAAUUGAAGUUGGAACAUCAAAAUUGAUAAACACAUCUGAGGGAUGUGUUUAUAAAAAUAACCCAACGUAAUCACCAACUUUUAUUUCACUGGCAAGCUAACUUUGUGUUCAGCAUAUUUGUUAGCAUUACUUUUAGCAGCAAUAUAUGACAUUAUUUAAAAUAGCUAAGUCACCUUCAACAAUUUUUAUAACUUAAUCAAGUUAAAAGCAGCCAAACCUGUCAGCAUGCAGAAUCUUAAGAUUAUUUAUUAAUAUAGCAUCAUUUCAGUUCAAUAUUACUUUGUGUGCAUUUCAAAUUAAUUGUUUUUAUUUUUUUGGGAAAUAGCUGCUUCUCUCAUAAAGUAAUAAUCCAAAUUUAAGAUAAUCUUGUAAUAAACAAUGAGUGGGCAUGGCUCGUCAUCUGAAAAGGGAGUUAAUACAAGUCUAACAUGUCAAGAGAAUUAUACCUGUGGUGGCUCUGAAGAGGCAGCAUUCGAGUGUGAUGACUGCAAAACCCUCCAGUGUGUCAGAUGUGAGCUGGAGCUCCAUCGUCAGGAGCACCUGAGGAACCACGACCGGGUCCCGGUUGGCCCUGGCCAUGUUCCCUACUGUGACAACUGCAAAGGAGGGAAUGGGGAUGGCAGCAAACGCCUCAGGUCUGUGGUUCGCUGCCAGAAUUGCAAGGUGAAUCUGUGUCAGGACUGUCAGAAGCGUACCCAUAGCGGGAGCAGCAAGAAAAAACACCAGCUCACAUCUUACCCUUCACCACCCAAACAAGCUGAUGUGAACACUGCCAAGACUUCUGUCCAGAACGCUGAUGUGCCUGAGUCACCUGAAAAAACACGGCUUCUGGAGAAAGUGUCAAGCUUUCUCUUAGUUGAUGAGAAUGAAGAAAUGCAGAUAAAAGAUGAAUCGUCAUUCAUGAGAUGCCUUGGGUGCAACCCCAACCAGCUGCUGAAGGUGGUAUCCAUCUUUGGUAACACUGGGGAGGGCAAGUCGCACACCCUGAACCACACCUUCUUCAUGGGCAGAGAAGUCUUCAAAACGUCUCCCACACAGGAGUCCUGCACAGUGGGUGUAUGGGCAGCAUUUGACCCCAUCCAUAAGAUUGUGGUGAUCGAUACAGAGGGGCUGCUUGGCAACAGCUCCAAACAGGGCCAGAGAACUCGACUUUUACUCAAGGUGCUCGCUGUCUCGGACCUCAUCAUUUACCGCACUCAUGCGGACCGCCUGCAUGAUGACCUUUUCAAGUUUCUCGGUGAUGCCUCUGAUGCUUACCUGAAGCAUUUCACCAAGGAACUAAAAGCCACGACGGCCCGCUGUGGACUGGAUGUUCCUCUGUCCACUCUGGGUCCUGCGGUGGUCAUCUUCCAUGAAACCGUCCACACCAAGCUCCUGGGUUCAGAUAAAUCAUUGGAGUCUGUGGAUCGGCUGCUGUUGGAGCGCUUUAGGAAGCUUUCCCGUUUUCCUGAAGCCUUCAGCUCCUUCCAGUAUUGGGGCACGCAGACUCUCAGUCCUCCUACCGAUUUCCGGGGCUUGCAGAAUAAACUGGAGCAGCUCCUGGAUAACAACGCCACACGUUCUCCUCGUACCCCAGGCGUCAUCUUCAAAGCCCUGCAGGCAUUGAGUGAGCGUUUUAAUGGAGAAAUUGCAGGUGAGGUUGCAGCACACAGCUGUUUCUUUCCUGAUGAGUACUUCACCUGUUCCAGCUGUUGCCUCAGUUGUGGAUCUGGCUGCAAGAAUAGUAUAAACCACUUACAGGAAGGAUCGUACCACGAGGCAAAGCAACGCUGCCGUUACUCUGCACAGUAUGAUAAUCGCAUUUUCACUUGUAAGGCUUGUUAUGAAGGAGGGAAGGAAGUGUUGGUUGUCCCAAAGACAUCUGCUUCCUCAGACUCCCCCUGGAUGGGCCUCGCCAGAUACGCCUGGUCUGGUUACGUUAUUGAAUGUCCAAACUGUGGAGUGAUCUACCGGAGCCGCCAGUACUGGUAUGGCAACCAGGACCCUGUGGACACAGUUGUCCGCACUGAGAUCCAGCAUAUUUGGCCUGGGUCUGACGGCUUUUUAAAGGACAACAACAAUGCUGCACAGCGGCUUCUUGAUGGCGUCAAUCUAGUGGCCCAGUCGGUAUCAGAGCUCGGCGUGAAACCUGCUAAGGUUGUCACCUCUUGGCUGACAGAUCAGAUCGCCCCGGCCUACUGGAAACCCAACUCCCUCAUCAUGAUGUGCCACAAGUGUCACGCAGUCUUCCAGGAUAACGACACCAAGCAUCACUGCCGUGCCUGUGGGGAGGGGUUCUGUGACGGCUGCUCUUCCAAAGCUGCUCCCGUCCCUGAGAGAGGCUGGGGUCUUGCCCCUGUCAGAGUCUGUGACGUCUGCUUUGAGCAGAAAGCUUCAUAUACAGAAAUACUUGCGUCAGAGCUUGAGGAGGAAGAAGGUGGAACUCUGGCCAGGAAGGUUGGAGAGGCUGUUACCAACACCAUAGGGGUUGUGGCUACUGCUAUUGACAUCCCACUUGGCCUAGUGAAAGACGCAGCCCGUCCUGCCUAUUGGGUGCCUGACCAGGACAUCCUGUCAUGCCACACCUGCCAGCGCGAAUUCACUGCCAAGCUGUCCAAGCACCACUGCCGUGCCUGUGGCCAAGGAGUGUGUGACGAAUGCUCCCCACAGCGUCGAACGGUCCCUUCGCGGGGCUGGGAUCACCCUGUACGUGUGUGCACCGGCUGCAACCAGAAACCUGGAGAACUUUGAUAUGGUUGCUUUUCCCUCCUCUUAGCACCGGAGAGAAUUGUUCACUCAUUGGCAGUCUGUCACUACUCAGGUGUACACCUGCUACUCUAAUGGAUUGAUCUUGCAUAUAUGGAAAGGAAAACAUAGGAAAUACUUCAAUAUUUUAGCAAAUUUGGAUUUAAGAGUUCCUGUGGCCUUUCUAGAACACACAGAACAUGGGGUUACUUGACUGAUUAUGAAACCUGAAUUAUAGCUUCAUAUUUUGAUCAUUAUGGACAUAAAUCCAGAACUUUUCCGUUAAAUAAAGCUGUUGAGGUAUUUUUCUAUUAUUAGAAAAAAAAAUUAAAAAAUGCAUUAUUUGAAAGACUGAUUGUUGAAGAUGAUGGUUGGUUACUGUGGUUAUGACUCCAGCAAAACUUAUCUUGACUGGUUGUUUCUGAUCUUGGGCGUGUAAUGAAAGUGUGAUAUUUUAUAUUCGUUUAGGGAAAACUGCAGGUUCCGUUGCAUGCAUGCAUUGCAAGAUUUUAGUUUUUGCACUAAGCCUUUUUUCAGCUGUUAUAGGCUGUUGUUGCUUAACAUGGCCAAAAGUUAGGUAUCCAGCAGAGCAAGUAUGCAGUUCCAAACUGAGCUAAACUCUGCAACAGUAGUUUCAGAUUUGGAUUUCUGGUGUGCCAAAAUGUAUUCAGGUCAUUGUGUCUGUGCAAAUGUAAUGUUUAUAUUCUAUCAUGCGAUUUGUGGUUGUAUGAACUCACUGUGUGAAUCUGACUUGUUGAAAAUAUUUAAAUGUUAAUUAUAAAAAAAAAAUGCUUGUAAGCACACUGUCUGGCUUUACAGUCUCAGAGAUCAAUGGCCUUUUUACUUGUUCAGACAAUGAGAUCUGAAUCAACUUUACCAUAUCUUUUGCCAAGUGGCAUUUUAGAGUUUAGAUAUUUGCAUUUUACGUUAAGAUUUUAUUUUUGUGUGUAUUUCAGUACAUGUACUACCUACUCGUAUAUAUGGAUCAUGGUUUACCAGAGGAAAACAACAUCCAGAUUUCUCUCCAAACUAGUUUUUCAUUAUUCAGUAACCAAACUGAACAUUGGCACAGUACCUUGAAAAAGUAUUUAUACCCACUCUAUUAAUCAAAUCAGAAACUUUAAUGUAUUUAAUUAGGAUUUUAGGUCCUACAGCGACACAAAGUAGUGCAUAAUUGUGAAGUGGAAGGACAAGGAAACACAAUUUUUGAUAUAUUUUACAUUUGACCAUCUGAAAAUUGUACUGUGGACGUUGACUGCAAAAUUAACAAAUUAAUACACUUUGAUGUAGUCCAUUUUACUUCUUCUGCGUGGCUGUUUAGAGUUGCAACCGUCUUGGAAGGUAAACCUCUGCUGUAGUUUCAAGUCUUUUGCAGGCUCUAACAGGUUUUCUCCCCAGGGUUGCUCUUUAUUUACCUCCAUCCAUCAACCAAUCAUCUCUGACCAGCUUCCCUCUCCAUGAUUAAUAAAAACAUCCCCACAGUUUUCCCUCCUCACAGCAAUUGUACCACACUCUUUUAAUCUUUUGAUGAUAAAUGUAACUGAUAAGUGGGAAUAUUUAAUGGGUAUCAGUACUUUUGCAAGGCAAUGUGUGAGAUGAGGAUUAUUGCAGCUUUUAACUCUUUGCAUUUACAUAAGCUGUUAUGAAAGGGUUUUUUUGUUUGUUUUUUUUUGUCCAUCCUCAUGGUAUUUUUUUUUCCAUAUUACUGUACAUGUAUAUUUAUAUUUCUUGUGUUAGAAACUAAGCCAACUGGUCUUUAUUUGUUUUUAUUUUAUGUUUUAGCCUGAGACUGGCAUAAUGAUAUUCAGAUCUAGCUGUUCUGACACUUUGUCUUGCAUGACAUAACAGAGUUUUAACCUGGCUUGCACCAUUGUUAGUUUUAUUGAGUGACCAGCCUGUUAUACAGUGAUGACGUGGAAAGCACAAAGGGGGGAUGCAUUUGUUGUUUAAAACAACAAAAUAUAAAGAAAUAUAGAUCUUUGUGGAUAGUUAUAAUUUUUUUCUCUGAUCAAUGUUACCAGGCUGCCUGGUCUCAAACAGAUUUAUUUGCUUGAAUGUUCAAUCAAACACUCCCCGAGCAGUCUUGCGCAUAAAAGAAUACAAAAUGUUGUAAUCCUGUCUAUUCAUAUAUCAUUUGUCAUUACUUUUUUUUAACACUUAACAGUUCUCAUUUACAAACAAGGAGGAAUGAGUGAUUUUCUUUAAACUGUUUGAAUCUGACUUGAAGAAGGCUGGUGGGGGAGUUGCAAAGGAUUAAAGCUGUGUCAGCACCCGUCUGUCAAAACAUAA